AUGGCGGAAUCGACCCUGCAAUCAAUUGCAAAAGUUGCCCAGAGUCUCCCACAAGCUGUAGCUGAUGAGAAACUAACUUCAAAAGGCCCUCUAAACUGGAGGAAAGUCUUCCCCAAGGUAAAUCAGAGUCUUGAAUUCUUCGAAGGUGUUGAAUACUGCAAUGUGAAACCCCCGACAGAGCUGUUGCAGAUUGGAGUUGAGCAAUGGUGCUACACUCUUGUUGGGCGGUUCUUGGGCAGAGCCCCUGAGUUUGGAAAGGUUGCUGCAGUUGUUAAUGGUCUAUGGGGAAAACAACGGAAAGUUGUGGUGAGCACCAUGGGUUCUUUGUUUAUUUUCAAGUUUCCGAAUGAGGAUAUCAUGACCUGGGUUCUGGAAACGGGCCCGUGGCAUGUCGAACGAAAAUCUCUGAUCUUGCAAAGGUGGAGCCCGAAUUUCACAGAAGAAGAAUUGAGCUUGAAGAGAAUGCCGGUUUGGGUGCAAUUGCGGAGAAUCCCACUUCAGUAUUUCCAUCCCAAAGGCAUUAGCUAUCUCGCGAGUGCCAUUGGAAAACCACUUUACAUGGAUAGAGCUACCGCCCUCAGCUCUAGACUGGAUUACGCAAAGGUUUGUGUAGAGGUAGAUGCUGAAAAGGAAAUCCCGAAUGUUCUGAAUGUGGACUUAGGUAAUGAAUACAAAGUGGAAGUCCUUGUGGAUACUCCUUGGUUGCCGGAGAAGUGCGCUCGAUGCAAGGUGUUCGGGCAUAACUACAGCAGUACACUCGAAACUGCACCACCCGAGGUGACUGAGGGAUCCAUGGCACCAGCUGAUGGCUCGGCUGCAGCAAAGGACCCGACUGUUUUUAAAACAGACAUACUGAGGGGGCCUGGAAUGGCCACCUCUUCCCGGUCUGAUGUUGUGAAGGUUGCUAGAAAUGCUGAAUUGGUCACUAUUGUUCAGCUUGCUGCCAAGAAGAAAACUGAUAAUGCUAUCAAUAAUAGUGAAGAGUUGACUUCUAAUAUUGCUAUUGGUUGUCCUGUUGAAGAGGAUGAUGCAGGUGCGGCAAGGAAUGACUUGAACAAGGGGAAAAAUAAAGUCUCUACUCAAGGAGAUUUCCCACAAGUCGAUAACAAGCCAACUGGUAUCGGGCUAGUAGGGGACCAAGACAAUGAGACCAACUCUGAUGAUGACCUGGAGGUAAUGGAAUCUCGGGUAAAAGAUUCAAGGCAACUAAGAAGCACAUCGAUGGAAGUGGCAAAACUGGUUAAGAGAGUUCAAGGUAAGAGGAAAUCGAGGGUGGGCAAGGGAGGCUGGACUGCAUUUUCUUUUAUUUAUGCUUCAAAUGAUAUGCGGGAGCAAAGGGUAUUAUGGCACGAUCUGCAGGCAUUAACUGGGGGCAUGAGGCACAGUUGGAUGUUGAUGGGUGAUUUCAAUGCAGUAAAAGAAAUAGAUGAAGUCAAGGUAGUCGGAAGGGAAAUAACCAUCGAUCAAAGCAUGCGAGACUUCACUGAUUUCAUCACGUCAUCGGAGCUCAAGGAUCAUCCCUUCACCGGCUGUUACUUCACGUGGAGCAACAAAAGACAAGAGGGGUUCCAAGCUAGGAAAAUUGAUAGAGCUAUGGUCAAUGACAAGUGGUUUCAACAGGAUCUUGCCUCAUAA